AUGGCUUACUCGAUAGGCGAUCGCAUCAACAAGGUAGCCCCACAUCAUGACUCUAUCGAGGCAUUGUGGAACACGAAAUGGAAGAAACCGUGCUCGAUAGGAAUCUACCCGUUCUUCGACGGUAAAUUGGAAGAUUUUGAGCCUGUCUUCGCCAAGUUGAUUGAAUCCAAACUCCGCCCACCCUACGACUUCGACGCCUACGCCGCCCCUUUCUUUCCCGUCGCCUCAGCCCUCGAUCAACGCGCGCAAACCGCCGAGAAAUCGAACGAUCUCCCGCUCGCAUCAUCCCUCUACCUCCGGGCGGCCGCUUUAUACCGCAUCGCUCGUUUCCCCAUCCCGCGCUCUCCAAAGCAGAAGGAAGCAUGGAGCCUCAACAAAGCCGCAUACGUGAAAGGCGCGGGGCUACUUCCUGGGAAAUUCAGCGACGUUCAAAUACCGCACACGCACCGGAUCGAAGGGGAGGGUGCCACCAUCCCGGUCUACGUGCGACUUCCAACGCAUGCUUCACCCACGAACCCUGUCCCAUGUAUCAUUCAGAUCUUUGGCUUGGACGGAUACAGGACCGAAAUGACGCAUGCAUCGAACAAGCACCUCGCUCGUGGAUGGGGAACUAUUGGUGUCGAGAUCCCAGGGACAGGCGAUUGUCCUGCUCUGCGUCACGAUCCUUCGUCUCCAGAUCGGCUGUGGUCCUCGUUACUUGACUGGAUGGAUGGGAGGGAGGAGCUUGACAAGAACAUGAGAGUUGCAUGGGGGCUGAGCACCGGAGGAUAUUAUGCGAUGAGAAUUGCGCAUACGCACAAAGAGAGAUUGACGGGGGCGGUGAGUCACGGCGGUGGGUGUCAUAGGAUGUUUGAGCGUGAGUGGUUGGAUAAGGUGAAUCAUCUAGAGUAUCCGUUUGAUCUGGCGGAGUGUCUGGCUGAAAAGUUUGGAUAUGAAAAUGUCGAAGAGCUGAAGAAGGAUGGGAAGAGUCGGUUCUCGCUAGGCACGAAUGACGAGAUCUUUCCCAUAGAGGAUUCGAUGAUACCCCUGCAGCAUGGGAGCGUGAAAGAGGCGCGGUUUGUUCCGAAUGCAAUGCACAUGGGGGAACCAGCUGUGGGUCCUGUCGUUCUCAAAUGGAUCGAAGAGCUAUUUGGCCUCGAACAGUCGCCAAAGACAAACGAAGAUGUGCAAGUUGGGAAGAUGCAAAUGUUGCACCAGAUGCAAGCGAAUGAGAAACGAAGUGUCUCAAGAGGAAAAUUUAUCCUCGAUCUGGACACCCAGGAAUCGGAGAAUCGCGAGAGCAUUCAGCAUCACAUGGGCCAGUACUUACCAGUUGAGCUAGAGUUUCAGGGACAAGGCACAGAGCGCAUCAGCGCAAAGCCAUCGCCAUUUGCCGGGAGUUGA